UAUGCUGUCUAAUUUGUAUUUUGUUUAUUAAACAGCUCGUGCUGCAGCUCCUCGGAGUGAUCAUCGGUGGUCGCUACUUUUCUAAACCCUAAAGGCACUUCAGGACUCAGCGCCGGUCACGUGACUGAAAGCUAAGAAUUGCGCACCGUGGCGGUCAGCCAAUCCUGUGUGAGCAACAGCACAUGGUUGUUUGCUUCAACACCAAAUAUAUACUGCUUUCUGACACUCACUUCGAUAUCAGUCACUGAGAUCACCACUCAGAAAACAUGCCUGAAACCGUGAAAGCGCCCAAGAAGGGCUCAAAGAAAGCCGUCUCUAAGGCCACCAAGACCGGCAAGAAGAGGAGAAAGUCCAGGAAGGAGAGCUACGCUAUCUACGUGUACAAGGUCCUGAAGCAGGUCCACCCCGACACCGGUAUCUCCUCCAAGGCUAUGGGCAUCAUGAACUCGUUUGUGAGCGACAUCUUUGAGCGCAUCGCCGGGGAGUCCUCUCGUCUGGCUCAGUACAACAAGCGCUCCACCAUCACCUCCAGGGAGAUCCAGACCGCUGUCCGCCUGCUGCUGCCCGGUGAGCUGGCUAAACACGCCGUGUCUGAGGGCACCAAGGCUGUGACCAAGUACACCAGCUCCAAGUAAAUCCGCUGAUAACCAGCAACAACAAAACGGUCCUUUUAAGGACCACCCAACAUUUAAUCGAAGAGCUGAAAUCCUGAUUGUCCUAUUAUAUGU